UCCCGGCUGUUAAAUCCGCCGAGUCCCCCGCAGACUCGUCCGGGUUAUUUGGGGGGGGGGGGGUGAUUUUGUCGUUAAAGGGCCUCGGUAAAAACGGACUUUCUGCCCGAGGCAAACCGGACUGUCAGCCGAGAGAUUAAUUAAUAUAUUGCCGUGCUCGAGGAGACAGUGACCGAACUGAGGCUGCCUGCUCGGAUGGGCAAUCAUACUCUAUCCUGCUGUAUGUGGUGUGUAAUGCAGUAGAGCAGCUUUAUUUCUGGUGUUCAGUCUCUACUGUCAUUGUCUCCAGUCAUGAAGUCCCACCUGCCGGCCCGGUUGGAUUGAACGAGGUACGCUUUUUGUUCGCUUGACAUUUACCGCUACUGGAGAACGGUUUAGUGAAGAGGACGAGGAGAAGGACGAAAUCUCAGAAAACCCCCCCCCAAAAAAACAACAGUGGGAAUCAGGCACCCCAUCAGCACCCGUGGAAAUUAACAGAAUUCAGUGGCUAUUAAAAACAUCAAUCAAAUUAUCUGGAUAAUAGAAGACCAAUAGUGAUGGAACGCAACAGAGUCAUGGCUGGGGAAGCAUUUCGGAUCGUCAUUGCUCAGAAUCAGCACUGACCUGGCACCCUGACCAAGGUCAAACCUUCUUCUCCAGUACCCCAAGGACCCUUCUUUGCCUGAGGAACUGCCUCCAUCUCACCUUCAGUCAGCGCUCCUGGUCUUGAUCAAACCUCCAAAAAGGCUCCUUUUAGUCUUUCAGGGUCUGCCUGCUUUUGUUGUUUUAAUCCCUCUCUUAUACUUUAAUUCUACAUUGUUGGUUAUAAUCUACAUACUCGCAUAAAAAGACAGAAGCACUCCAGAACAGAGUAGAAGCAGUUGGCUGAACAAUAGGAAACCAGUCAUGUACCCCUUUCCACUUGGUCUAAGCAAACAAAGUCGGUGGGGUUUGUUGUCAAGGACGCGCCCCCUAACUCUCAUGACAGACUGGUUCCUGAUGGGUGCCCUAGGCCUCAUUUUGCUCUUCAGCCUGGCCUCGAGCCAGAAGGUGGACCCUUCCAAACACCCAAUAGUCACCACCAACUACGGCAAGCUCAGAGGCAUCAAGAAAGACUUGAACAAUGAGAUUCUAGGCCCUGUGGAGCAGUACCUGGGUGUGCCCUACGCCACAGCACCCAUCGGCGACCGCCGCUUUCAGCCACCCGAAGCCCCGGGAUCCUGGCAGGAGAUCCGCAACGCCACACAGUUUGCCCCCGUGUGCCCUCAGAACGUCCACGGGGUGCUUCCAGAGAUAAUGCUGCCCGUGUGGUUCACAGACAACCUGGAUGUGGCGGCGGGUUACAUCCAGAACCAGAGCGAGGACUGCCUCUACCUCAAUAUCUACGUGCCCACGGAGGAUGGUCCGCUCACAAAAAAACAUGAUGAAUCUUCAAUGAACAAGCCUCGAGAUGAAGAUAUUCGUGACCGCAGGAAGAAGCCUGUCAUGCUGUUUAUUCAUGGAGGCUCCUACAUGGAAGGCACUGGAAACAUGUUUGAUGCCAGCGUCCUCGCUGCGUACGGCAACGUGAUUGUGGUGACCAUGAACUACCGGCUCGGUGUACUCGGCUUCCUCAGUACUGGUGAUCAGUCCGCUAAGGGAAACUAUGGCCUGCUGGACCAGAUCCAGGCCCUGCGUUGGCUCAAUGAGAACAUCGGCCAUUUCGGCGGAGACCCAGAGAGGAUCACCAUCUUCGGCUCUGGAGCUGGGGCGUCCUGCGUUAACCUCCUUAUUCUCUCGCACCACUCGGAGGGUCUGUUCCACAGGGCGAUAGCCCAGAGUGGAACAGCCAUCUCCAGCUGGUCUGUCAACUACCAGCCCCUCAAAUACACCAAGAUCCUGGCCCGGAAGGUGGGCUGCACCUACACAGAGACGGCCGACCUGGUUGACUGCCUGAGACGCAAGAACUUCAGAGAACUGGUGGACCAGGACAUCCAGCCAGCCCGCUACCACAUUGCCUUUGGCCCUGUAGUGGAUGGCGAUGUGGUGCCCGAUGAUCCUGAGAUCCUCAUGCAGCAGGGGGAGUUCCUCAACUAUGACAUUCUAAUAGGAGUGAACCAGGGUGAGGGGCUGAAGUUUGUGGAUGACAGCGAGGACAACGAUGGCAUCUCAGCCGCAGCAUUUGACUACACCAUCUCUAACUUUGUCGAUAACCUCUACGGAUACCCUGAAGGCAAAGACAUCCUGAGGGAGACCAUUAAGUUCAUGUACACCGACUGGGCAGACAGGGACAAUGGCGACAUGCGGAGGAAGACCCUGUUAGCCCUGUUUACAGACCACCAGUGGGUGGCGCCAGCAGUUGCCACAGCCAAGCUCCAUGCUGAGUUUCAGUCCCCGGUUUACUUUUACACGUUCUACCACCACUGUCAGACCGAGACACGACCUGAGUGGGCCGACGCAGCCCAUGGAGAUGAGAUACCAUACGUGUUUGGUGUGCCCAUGAUCGGCGCCACAGAUCUGUUCCCAUGCAACUUCUCGAAGAAUGAUGUGAUGUUAAGCGCUGUGGUUAUGACUUACUGGACCAACUUUGCCAAGACUGGGGACCCCAACCUGCCAGUCCCUCAGGACACCAAGUUCAUUCACACCAAGCCCAAUCGUUUUGAAGAGGUCAUCUGGACCAAGUUCAACUCAAAGGACAAGCAGUAUCUCCACAUUGGCUUAAAACCUCGUGUUAGAGACAACUACAGGGCCAACAAGGUGGCGUUCUGGCUGGAAUUAGUUCCCCACCUCCACAGUCUACAUGAGGUGCUCUUCCCCACUACUACCCGCUCACCGCCAGGGCCUCGCCCAGGCACGUACGGACCAUGGCCCAGAACACCGGGCCCACGCACCACCCGUCACCCCUACCCUACAUUCCCCUCUGAUCCAGAGCCUGAAGGCUCAGAACGUCCAUACCAGGACCUCUUCCCUGGAGACACCCGGGACUACUCCACUGAGCUGAGUGUGACAGUCGCUGUCGGGGCGUCGCUCCUCUUCCUCAACAUCCUGGCCUUUGCCGCCCUUUACUACAAGCGUGACAAGCGGCACGAGAUGCGGCGCCACCGGCUAUCUCCUCAGCGGGGCGGCCCUGCCAACGACCUGGCUCACAGUCAGGAGGAGGAGAUCAUGUCUCUGCAGAUGAAGCACUCAGAGCACGAUGCUCACCACGACAUGGAGCCUCUCCGGCCCCAUGACAUCCUACGGCCCGCUUGCCCACCUGACUACACACUGGCGCUACGCCGUGCCCCCGACGACGUGCCGCUGAUGACACCUAACACCAUCACCAUGAUCCCCAGUACCAUCACCAGCAUGCAGCCUCUUCAUGCCUUUAACACCUUCCCCUCCACUGGCCACAACAACACCCUUCCCCACCCCCACUCCACAACCAGGUGCUCCUUUGCUCUAAGGAUUCAUAAACUACUGAGCUGUAGGAGGGGGCGUAGAGUACAUACACUAACACUGGAGGGCGCCAUUGUGGCAGAUACGGUGCAGUCUGCCCACUGAGGGAACUGGACGUGUGAAGAAAAAUACCAAACUGGGUGGCAGGACAGAGACACACAACAUCUGGAAGAGGAUCUAAACUGUA